UUUAAACUUUAGAGAUUUGCUGAAGGGAAUUUUAAAAAUGAAAAUGUUUGCUCAGUUAUAUGGCAUUAAAAGUUUGAAUAGCUUGAAUGGUUUUCUUUGAACAAAUUAAAAUUUUUAUUGUCUUUAAGCAGUGAAAAGAAGCUUUCAUAAUAUUUAUAAAUCCAUCUAUCUUUAAAAUAAAUAAAGCAUACUUGGUUUUAAAAAAGUAAUUUCAUAGCUGUUAGUUGGAAUUUCAAGUGUGAAACUUUUUAAAAUGAAUACAGAUCAUUUUAAUCUUUAUAUAUAGAUUUCAUUCAAAACAUCUUGACUAUUUAUAUGUUGCUUUUAUAUAUAGGUACAGGUAAUAUUUUAUCAGAAUCUACAUGGAAGAUGCAAAAAUGUUUUGUUAACUCCCUAUAAAAUGAAUAUACUGCCAAAAAUCACUUACCCUACUGCUGAAGCCAGAGUUAAUACUUAGCUUCUCAGUAGUGGAUUAGCAAAUGAAAAGAAGUGCUCUGAACCCAGUAGAGGAAAAUAGGAAGUGUCAGGAAAAUACUCCCAUCCCCCUUUCUUCCCUCCAAGCUUUUAGAUCUUUGUGUGGUGAGGCCCCUUUGGGAAUACCCUAGUAACUGUCUCUGAGCUGUGGCUUCAGGCAGUGGAGCAAACUGGAGAUCUCUGGUGGCAGCAGCCUGGCUCUCUCUAACUCCUGCUUUUUUCCCUGCCCUUUCCUUGGUCAUCCACCCCCUACUGCUUUCUUUCAUAAAUACACUGGGUAAGUGGGUCCCCUACUCUAAAAUAUUUAUCUCAUGAUCUGUCAUUCCACCAUUGUGGUUUCACUUCUUUGGAUUUUUAAGACGAUUUUAUCUGAAAGAUCCCCUUUUAAAAUGCAAAUACCCCUGGGAGAGGUCAGACCUUAGUCCUCUGCUAACAUCUUAAUUAUCAGUUAGCAUCUAAGUUCAUCUUAGUACACAUCUGGCUGAGAAGAACCCCUAGCUAAAAGUAAUAAAAACUAGAGGAAAACUAGUAUUUUUAAGAGGAGGAGCAGUAGUAAGUAGUAGUAAUAUUGUUGUUAUUAUUGGCAGCUAACAUGUACUAAGGGCUGUACUAUUAAGAAACAGGAAUUGUAAAUGCUUUACAAAAAUAAAUUUCCCUAAUUCCCUCAUCAACCCUACUGAUGUUGUUACUGCUGUUAUUUUACAGAUAAACUGAGGUAUGUGGGACAUAAUUAUCUCGGUCACAUAGUAAAUAUAGCUGAGUGUUAGACCCAGGCAUUUGGAUCCCAGAAGGCUCUCUGUUUUGCUGUGAUACCUCUUCCCUGCUUUAUUGCCUCUCAGAGAGUUGGCAUCUGAUCAACAUUUCACACUUCACAAUUUUGCAUCAAAUGGAAUCAUGGUGUUAAGAUUACAGGGCACUUCCUGUUGAAAGUCAGGGACCUUGCCAUCAUCUAAAUAGACUUUUUUUAGAAACAACUGUAAUGAAAUAGGCAAACUCCUUAUAACUAAGGGAAUGCAUUUACGGAUAUAGAGGAGGAGGAAGUAAAGAGACUACUGUAUAAUGUAUCAAAUACAUAGUAUUUUCUUUCCUACUUAAAACUUAUGUAAGUAACACAUUCAUUAUUUUUGGAAAUUUUAAAAUAUGGAUUAAUAAAAUAAUUUGCAGUCCCUGCUACCCAGUGAUAACUUGAAAAUGAAUGAAUGAAUAUACAUAUGUGUGUGUGUGUGUGUGUGUGUAUUCUUUCUAGGUUUUUUUUCCUUUGGGGCAUUAUUUUCUGAAUGUUCUGCAAGGUGUCAACUCAUACCACUUCUUUAAUAUUUUAGAGUGCAAUAAUUUUCCUUACAUGUAAAUAGCAUUUCCCACUUCAUCUCUACCAGAAGUUGAACUGAUAAUUAUUGUCUAUGACUUGCCAGAAACAAAGGUUUAACUAAAUUAUCUGUGUUCUUUAUAUGAUCCUUCUUAAAUAAAAGUAGAUAGAAGAGAGCCCUAGAUUCUUAAUCUCUGUAUUGAAUCUGUUCUUUCAUCCAAUGUUUGGUCAGCACUAAUCUACCUCUGCUCCCAUCUUUGCUUCAGCACUGCUACAGCUUAAUUACCUUAUAAUAUAUGGAGCAGUAGAGUCUCAUUUAAUCACUCAUCCCUCCUCUAGAUCUACCAUGCAGAUCCCUCUGUAACCUACAUAACUGAUUGUGUCAUUCUCCUUUAUAGAAUUCUUCAGUGGCUUUUUAUUGUCCAUAGAUCCUGGAAGCAGACUUUGGGGAUGAUUGGGGCAGGGAAUUCUUUAGGUUCCAGGUACCAGUGAAUGGUUUUAAAAGGGGAGUUGGGGAUGUUUGCUGGUUCCAGGUGGUCACAUCCCUUGACUCUGCUGACUCCAUAUAAUGAGAUAGGGCCAAGCAGGGGCCCCUAAAUUGUCAGGUCUGGACCCUCAUUGUCUAGGUCUAAAAGCAGAGUGUGCUGCUGCUGCAUGGAGAGUAAACUUUUGGUGGCAGCAAGGAUCCAAGCUGGGGGACCAUUUAGGAGCCUAAUUGCAGUAAUCCAGUUUUCAGAUGCUUCAAGUGCUGUGAACAGAGACUUGUUUGGAUUAUGUGUUUCUCAGCUAGACUAAAUAAAUGCUAACAAUGGAUAAAUGCAAACACAUUGGGCAGUUGAGGCUUGCUCAAGACCAUUCCAUCCUCAACCCUCAGAAAUGGCAUUGUGUGGACUGUAAUACAAGUGAAUCAAUUUGGGCUUGCCUUAGCUGUUCCCAUGUUGCCUGUGGAAGAUAUAUUGAAGAACAUGCACUCAGGCACUUUCAAGAAAGCAGUCAUCCUGUUGCGUUGGAGGUGAAUGAGAUGUAUGUUUUUUGUUAUCUUUGUGAUGAUUAUGUUCUUAAUGAUAAUGCAACUGGAGACCUGAAAUUACUACGAAGUACAUUAAGUGCAAUCAAAAGUCAAAAUUAUCACUGCACCACUCAUAGUGGAAGGAUUUUACAGUCUAUGGGUACAAGUGAUGAUUCUUAUUUCUUACAUGAUGGUGCCCAAUCUCUGCUUCAAAAUGAAGAUCAAAUGUAUACUGCUCUUUGGCACAGGAGAAGGAUACUAAUGGGUAAAAUCUUUCGAAUUUGGUUUGAACAGUCACCCAUUGGAAGAAAAAGGCAUGAAGAACAGUUUCAGCAAAAAAUAGCAAAAAGAGAAGUGAAGAAAAGACGGCAAGAAUUAGAGCAACAAGUUAAAGCAGAAUUGGAAAGUAUGCCUCCGAGAAAGAGUUUACGUUUGCAGGGUCUAGCUCAGUCCACCACAAUAGAAAUAGUUCCUGUUCACAUACCAUUACAAACCUCAGAAUCACCAGCAAAAGAUACAGUAUCUACCUCAGAAGAUGUAAGAUUAAAAAAAGCCAGUGAUUCCUCUGUUAAAAGAAGGCCAAUAGUAACUCCUGGUGUAACAGGAUUGAGAAAUUUGGGAAAUACUUGCUAUAUGAAUUCUGUUCUUCAGGUAUUGAGUCAUUUACUUAUUUUUCGACAGUGUUUUUUAAAACUUGAUCUGAACCGAUGGCUGGCUGUGACAGCUAGUGAUAAAACAAGAUCAUCUUACAAGCAUCCUCCGGUCACAGAUACAGUAUAUCAAAUGAAUGAAUACCAAGAAAAAGAAACAGGCUCUGUUAGCUCCAGACAUCCAAGUUUAUCAUCAGGACUAAGUGGUGGGGCAUCAAAGAGUAGAAAGAUGGAACUUAUUCAGCCUAGGGAGCCAAGUUCACAAUACAUUUCUCUUUGUCAUGAACUGCAUACUUUGUUUCAAGUCAUGUGGUCUGGAAAGUGGGCCUUGGUCUCACCAUUUGCGAUGCUACAUUCAGUAUGGAGACUAAUUCCUGCUUUUCGUGGUUAUGCCCAACAAGAUGCUCAGGAAUUUCUUUGUGAACUUCUGGAUAAAAUACAACAUGAACUAGAGACAACUGGUACCAGGUUACUGGCUCUUAUCCCCACUUCUCAAAGGAAACUUAUCAAACAGGUUCUGAACGUUGUGAAUAAUAUUUUUCAUGGACAGCUUCUUAGUCAGGUUACAUGUCUUGCAUGUGACAACAAAUCAAAUACCAUAGAACCUUUCUGGGACUUGUCACUGGAAUUUCCAGAAAGAUACCAAUGCAGUGGAAAAGAUACUGCUUCCCAGCCAUGUCUGGUUACUGAAAUGUUGGCCAAAUUCACAGAAACCGAAGCUUUAGAAGGAAGAAUCUACAUAUGUGACCAGUGUAAUUCAAAGCGUAGAAGGUUUUCCUCAAAAGCAGUUGUGCUCACAGAAGCCCAAAAACAGCUUAUGAUUUGCCACCUACCUCAGGUUCUCAGACUACAUCUCAAACGAUUCAGGUGGUCAGGACGUAAUAAUCGAGAGAAGAUUGGUGUUCACGUUGGGUUUGAAGAGAUCUUAAACAUGGAGCCCUAUUGCUGCAGGGAGUACCUGAAAUCCCUCAGACCAGAAUGUUUUAUCUAUGACUUAUCUGCUGUAGUAAUGCACCAUGGGAAAGGAUUUGGCGCAGGGCACUACACUGCCUACUGUUAUAAUUCUGAAGGAGGGUUCUGGGUACACUGCAAUGAUUCCAAGCUAAGCAUGUGCACUAUGGAUGAAGUAUGCAAGGCCCAAGCUUAUAUCUUGUUUUAUACCCAGCGAGUUACUGAGAAUGGACAUUCUAAACUCUUGCCUUCAGAACUCCUGUCUGGUAGUCAACAUCCCAAUGAAGAAGCUGAUACCUCUUCUAAUGAAAUCCUUAGCUGAUCCAAAGACAGUGGGGCUUUCUUUUUGUGAUUUGUAUAUAUACUUUUUAAAGGGGCUGACUUAACAAUUUUGAGCUUCAUUGUUUUUAUUUUUUACUUAUUAAUCAGUGAACACAUGUUUACACAUUUUGUAUCUAACUACAACAAAUCUUUUAUAGAGACAGUGUUAGCGUAAGUAUAUGUAUAUCAGUGACAGCAGGUAAAGUUUUUCCACUUGUGUGGCAAUUUUAAACUUCUAGUGUUUACCUCAAACUGGUGUUACCUCUUAUAUUUUAAUGUCUUAAUUGGCUCAGAUCAUGAAGUUGUGCAAUCUUCUACUGAAGAAGUUCAGGUGGCAUUAUUUUAUACAUUUCUUUUUUUGGUAGCUAUUUUCUGUACAAAUUCUUAUUAGAUAUGAAAUUAGACUUUCUUCACCAAUAGUCUUACCAAAAAAAUAAAAAU